CAAAUGUGAAAGGGACAGUUGUUGCACAGCAAAUAACAGCAGAGUUAAUGCAAUAGAGGAGUAAUUAAAUUGAACAAACUGUGGAAAUCAAAAUAAAGUUUAUAUUGAGAAUUUUUUUGGAUAGUCUAGCUGAGAGGAAAUGGAGCGUGCUGGGCUUAUGAUAUGAUACAAUAAUAUUUAUGAAUGAAAUUGUACAAUUUCGCGUCCCUCACUUGUGAACCAUUGCAUUGAAAACUGGUUCCCUUCUUUUUCUAUUGGGGUGCCAAGACUGCCACAUUUAGACUGGAAGCUUUGUCGCAAUAAGUCACACUCACAAUAAUUCAUUCGGCAUAACUUGGAUAAAUUUUUCAUGGUAUGAACUGGCCAUGAUUUACAUUUGUAAGGGAUUUUCCUCUAGAUUAAGUUGCUUGGAGGCCUUGGAGUUUGUUUGUCUUUUUUCCAGUUUGUUUUGUGAGCUGAAUUGUGCCACAGGUUGAUCUGUGUUGUGCAAGUGGGUGAAUGGUCUUUGUGUGCUGGGUUAAGUUUAGAUGGUCUUCAAUCUCUUCCAAUGUAAUGGUUGCAUAAGACCCAUUAGACUUAUGCACAAUGUUCGCUACUUCAGUUUGAGAAUUUUUCAAAAAUCACUUUGUUUAGGUAUUCAAGGUUGUGGUCAUCUCAGUUGUAUACAGUUUAAUCCGUAGUACAGACCUGCAGAUAGUUCAGUGCUUUCAAGCCUUAGCUCAAACAUAAGAUAGGGAAAUGCCUGAAUAGAUCCCAGCAUUUUGAGAGAGAAAAUGGCAUUAAAAAAGGAAACAAAAUGCACUUGUAUUAAUUACCUAAGUGUAUUGAAUAAUUCAAAACCUACAAAUUUCUACUUCUGCAUGUGCAGGCUUUGAAAACCUUUAUCUGCCUAUACUCAAUUGCUUACUCACUUGACGACUAGCUUUGCCAGGAGUCCACCUGCAUUCACUCCCACACUUGUCUUUUACAUUCCCCUAAAGUCCCAAGUUACAGAGAAUUGGUCCAUAAUGUUCAAAAUCAGAAAAUACAUGACAACAAAAAUCAGAACACUGUGAAGCCUCAAAAGGUUACAUGAACUCCCCAGUGGAGAUAUGCGCCUGCUGUGUUUCAGGGUCUCUUCACAUACUGUACUUUAUUUUCAGGUGCACACAGAAGUCAAUGUAGCAAAUAAAUGUUUGGAAAGCACAUGCAUCAUAUAUAUAGAAGCAGAUGCCAACAGUCCUCUGUUGACUUGCAUGCAACUCGUUAAUUUGUUACUGUGUUGUGGCCAUUGGAAGGCGCUCAAGCAGUGAAACAAAAUUCUACAGAUUUAAGGGAGCUAGGAGAGAACUCCUUAAUGCUGAAUAGCUGAGAUUUUCAGCAUUAUAUAGCAUUUCUUGACAAGUUGCAAGUGGAUUUGAAAAGUCAAACAUUUAAGAGACGUGUCUUUUGUACAGCACUCAUUUUCACAUGCCUCUUGUGUGUUGUCAAUUUGUAUGUAUGCAGGCAUCCAUUUUGUUGCUGCUUAUUUAUAAAGCACCUGCAAACUACUGGGAGGAGAGAGGUAUGUGUCUUCAUGAGUGUGGAAUCUAACAUUUGACAGCGGUACGAAAAUACAUUUUAUAGGGGUGGGAGAAGCAUUUGUUAUGGAUUGUAAACAAUCUUUUCAGACAAAACAAUUUUUUAAAAAACCUUGCCUUCUGCUCUCUAUUUUAUCAUCAGAGGAACCCUGUAAGGUGGGUGAGGCUAAGAUGCAGUGCUUUGCCCUAACUUAAGGCCCACUAGUGAGUGAAUUUCAUGCCUGAGUGGGGAUUUGAACCCUAGGCACUAUGCCACACCGUCUCCAAUUGCCAAUAUAACUUGAAUUUAAAUGUGGGAAAUUGCCUUUUGCCAGCACGAGGUUGUCCUCUUGUUGAACAACAGAGGCUUAAUAUGAGCUUUCCCCACUCGCCUCCCUCAGGUAAACGAGGGAGUUUCACUGGUCAGUUUCACCUAGGAAUGCAAACAGGGAGGGGCAUAUUAAUUCCUCUACAUUAGAUAACUCGUCACGUGUGAAGCUACUGGCGGGUUUUUUAUUGUAAUAAUGACACACGCUUAUGUAACGGCCGUGUAAUAACUGCAGCUGGACCCCUGACGCCCUAACCGCCUUCGCGCCUGUUUCAGUGAGGCGCGCGCUCAUCCCAGGUUGGCCGCGCUGAGGGGUGUCGCGCGUAUAUCUAUAGCAGGCCUGGCGAACGUCAGGGCCGACCUCCCCGCCCUUCCCUUAGCGCUGGUCUAACUCGGCCUUUGUGACCUCACAAAUGCGUGCGCUCUAGCCCCGCCCACGAGGAGCAUCUCGAUAUAAAAGGUCCGCCGGUCUCCUUCGCCGCUCCAGAGGAGGCUCCGGCAAGGGGCGAGGAGGGAGCUUUGGCGCAGCCGACUAACGAAUUAUUUUUUAAAGAAAGGUCGGGCCGCUUUGUGGUUUGGCUGAGCGAGGGAGCCCCCGUGUGGCUGAUGAGGAGAGCGAGCGGGUUGGAUGGGGAGCAAACAAGGAGCCGAGCGAGGGGCGGCUUCCUGCCUGCAGGGUUGCGAAGCCGGGCGGGGGGCGUACAGGGAAGGGCGUCGGAGUCCGGGCUCGAGGUCUCCGGAGCUGCGCCCUACUUCUUUCAGUUGUGGUUACUCCCCCCACGGGGAAGACUCCCAGCACAUUCCUCUGCAGCAUAACUAAACGAUUUGUGUCUUAAACACUAACAAACGUUAUUAUGGCAUAAACUUCGUGGACCACUUUGUCCACUUCAUCAGAUGCAUAUAUGUAUGUGCGUUUAUUUAGGUUUGAGUGGCAAUAAAAUACAGGUAUGGUGAUAAGGAUGUACUUAACUGUUUUGUGAAUGUGCAUAAUUAAUACUUUCUGCAUUUUAUUUCCCUUGCUGACCUCAUUUUUUACACCCCCACCCCCCAAAAAAUUCCCAUAUGUGUCCUGUAACUCGGUACUGUAUAACCUGAUAGAACCUUAUGCACCUGAUAGAAUCUUAUUCCAUAUUAAAUUUGUUAAUCUGUAAGGCAUCAUAAGAGUCUCUGGACAUUUUUCACCUGUUGCUAUUUACAGGUGUGAUUCAAGUGCAUACCUGCAAAUUCAGGUGGUGCUUUUUGUGAUUCCAAUACCUUGGAAGGUGAGGUGUGUAACCUUUCCCACAAACGUGCAAACAAAUCAAUAGGAAUGCUCAGUAAAUGGGCUUGGAAGCAACUUUUGUUGUUUUUGCUGCAGAAGUCUAACACCUUGAAAUGCUAUCUUGUAUUGAUGUUUGUUAGCUGCCUUGGGAGGGUUUACCCUAAUAGGCAGAAUAUAAAUGCACGAAAUGACAUCAUUCUACUGCUACCCUUGGGGGGGGGGUGCAAGUAGUUAGCAGUGUGAAUAGUUCAAGAAGGGAGGUGUGGAUUGCAGCCUUAACAUGGCUUCCCUUCCAAAAAUUCCCAUAAGAGGUUUACACAUGCUAAACUUCCUCAUUACCAUAGCUGCCAAGUUUUCCCUUUUCUCACGAGGAAGCCUUUUCAGCAAAAGGGAAUUUCCCUUUAAAAAAGGGAGAACUUGGCAGCUAUGUCAUUACUGUCCACUAGAGGCCCUGAAAAAUCACUGUGAGUGAUACCUUCCAUGUGGGUUAUGGGUAGAAAGUGGUUGUGUUUGUAGAAAACACCAGUUUCUCUUUUCAUCCAGUUUCUUUUCCUUACAGUUGUGAAAUUGCAGUAUUGUCUUCAAGUGGCAACAAUGCAUACCACAAAGCCCAGGAUGGUGGUUCCUUAUGGCCUCAAAACUCUACUUGAGGGAGUGAGCAGAGCAGUUCUGAAAGCCAGUCCCACUAACAUUAAUGAAUUUGCUGCUGUGUAUUUCAGGGAACUGAUACUUUUCCGAGAAGAACACCCUAAUUUAGACAUUAAAGACCUGGUGAGAGAGUUUCAUAUGACUAGAGUGGAAUGCUGGGCAGAAGGGACAGCAGGAGCGACGCAGGGGCCCCGCAAAAGGGCUGAUGUGGGAGAUGCAUAUAGGCCAGAGGCGGACACGACAGCUCCGAUGAGCGAUGAACCGAAACGGAAGGAGAAAUCGACUGACACAGAAGAGGACCAAAUAAGUGAAGAACCACGUCGUGAACAGUCCACCAAGACAACCCAGUACCCAUCGACCGUGGACGAAUUUGUAGACAGGGCUGGGGACGAAAAGGGAGCUGGGCUCGCCUACGUCCCGGCCGAUCCAGCCCAGCUGGCAUCCCAGAUGCUAGCCAUGGCAACAAGCGAACCAGGACAACCACCACCAUAUUCUAAUGUGUGGACUCUCUAUUGUCUAACUGAUAUGCAUCAACAAGGUCGCAAGUCACCACCACCCCUUCCACCUGUUGGAACUGGUGCUCCUGUUCCCCAGGCAACCCUAUUCAUAUCUAGUGGUAAGGACCAGCCGCAGUAUCUACAGCCGCAGAUGCUACAACAAGGCCAACCACCACAAGUGUCCUCUCCAACUUAUGUGAUGAUGGAAGAAGGGAAGAAGGGAAAUGCACCACCUUUCAUUUUAGUGGGCUCUUCUGUUCAGAAUAAACAGGACUGGAAACCCAUCCCUGGCCAUGCUGUCCUUGCACAGCAGGAUACUGGCGGGACUGUGAGGAGGUUCGCUACGAUACCCGUACCAGUUGCCAGGGCAGCAGAUCCGAAAAUGGCCAAUCCCAAUUUUAACUCUGCACAGGAUAGCGGCAGGCCUCCAACUCCAGUUUUUCUUUCAGUUGCCAUACCACUGGAAGAUGUGAUGAAUGGGAAGAAGGGCUCAGGAGCUGGGGAUAAAGCACCCUUUGCAGGCAGCUAUGGUAUAGCAGGAGAGAUCACAUUUACUACUGCCUCUAUGCGCAGGACAGAAUAGCAAAAGGAAGCAAUUCAUCCCAUCACAUUCUUUGCACAAUAGACCUGGGUUAUUUGGGUUCAUUGACCUGUUUGCAAAGCAACUGAAACAUCCUGCUGAAUUUAAUUAUACUGAAGAAACAGCAACAGUACCUAAAAUAAUUAAACUGAUUUUAAAUAUGGACAUGAAUCUGAACCAAGAGUUGAAUGUUUUCAUAAAUUGGGCUAUCGAGCCUCUUAGCCUGCCUGAUAUAUACAGUACUUUCUUCUUUUAGGAAAACUUUUUUCAUCCUGGAGUUUCCAAUGCAAUUAGAUGAACUCGUAUUGAAGUGUUUUGUUUUUAUCCCUAAUUAGCAGUCUUUAAAUCUUCCAAUUAUGAGAUUUCUGGCUGAACUAUUUUUUGGGGGGGGGGGGGAAUACAGCCACUGGAGCAACUGAAUAUCUAAUGUUCUACCAUUAGAAAGCACAAAAUUGUAUCACUUUUUAAUAUUGACACUAUCUGUCCUAUCAGUAUAACAUCUGUGUAAAAGGACCAGAAUGUGAGGUGUAAGCUGCCAAAAUUUCAAAUGAAACCUAAUAAAAAGAACAACAGUUCAAAAAUAUUCUUUCGAGUCAUUUCUCCAGUUUUAGAAAGUGUUGCUUACUGGCAAAUAAUAAUAAUAAAAGGUAUUUUAAAGUCCUAUUUUGGGAGACUGAAAUGGCUUCACAACCAUUGCUGUUAUUUGUGAAUAUAAUGUGCUGUACACUCAGUAUUUUCUACCAUUAUGAAAGAAACACACAAUGAAUAUUAAAUGUGGCAAAGAAACAGUCUAUUUGACAUAUUACUGCAUUCUGUAUUUAGCAUCAAAAUCACCUUGUUUGGACUGUGUAUACAAGAGUGUGUGCCUGCUUCCUUCAAGUUGGUAUAAUGUUGCAUGUACUUUACAAGCACAAUAAAGUUCAAGAUGUUUUUAUGAUCAGAAGUCGUUUAAAUGCCUUUUUAAGAAUGGGAGUGUAGGCUGCAUGUCACAAGGUAGCUCUGCAGCCCUAUCAUUCAACUUUCCCUGAGACACAUUUCAAAACCAACUUAAAUUGCAAGGAUGAUAAAAAAAACCCUCAACACUAGGCUGCCUAUGUAUGUAUGUUCACUCAGAUGCAUGCAUGUUCAUAGGCAAUGCAUGCCUUUUACAAUAAGGAAUGCAGACCUCAUGUUUUCAUGGAAUAUGGGUGGAAGUAUUACAUGUGUACUGUGUUUGCUCGAGGUAUGCAUCUAUUGAAGACUCAUGUGGAAAAGCACACCAAUUAGUACCGAGACUUAAGAAUUGCACAAAAAACACAAACCCACCCUGAGCUUGAAGCUACUUCACAAGUUCAAAAUGCAGACUCGUUGCAUUUAUUGGAUAUGAAUUCCAAAUUUUAAACUUCAAGACAGAAUUGUACCAAAAUUCUA